CUUUCUAGCUACUACCUACAACUUUAUCUGUUAUUUUACUCGCAUGUGCGUGCGUUUAGACAGGUUCGAAGCUCUUCUACCCAUUUUAUCCAACCAAUGUUGCCUGCACCCUAGCCUCGCACUAGGUCACUAUGCACCGCCGCCUACUUCUUUAAGCUUCCACUGAAACCCUAAUUCGCCGAUUCUCUCUCUGCUCAGGUAAAAAUUUCGUCUAAAUGAGAGGAAGGAGUUAUAGCCCAUCUCCACCAAGGGGCUAUGGUAGAAGGGGUCGCAGCCCUAGUCCUAGAGGACGUUAUGGUGGUGGCGGUCGUCGCGGUGGUAGGGAUCUUCCUACUAGCCUUCUCGUGCGUAAUCUUCGUCAUGAUUGCAGGCCAGAAGACCUCCGCAGGCCUUUUGAACAGUUCGGUGCUCUCAAGGACAUUUACUUGCCUAAGGAUUAUUAUACUGGGGAACCCCGUGGUUUUGGUUUUGUCCAAUAUGCAGAUCCUUAUGAUGCUGCUGAGGCGAAACAUCAUAUGGAUGGUAGGGUUCUCCUUGGUCGAGAAUUAACAGUUGUAUUUGCAGAGGAGAACAGGAAGAAGCCAACUGAUAUGAGGGCAAGGGAGAGAGUGAGGGGCCGAUUUCGUGAUCGAAGGCGAUCCCCACCACAUUAUUCACGCUCACCUCGCUAUUCCCGUUCUCCACCUCCACGCAAUGCAAGGUCUCGGUCCCUUAGUCGUGAUUAUUAUUCUUCUCCUAAAAGACGACAUUACUCAAGAUCUGCUUCACCCCAGGAGAAGAGGUAUAGUCAAGAGAGGUCAUACUCACAUUCAAGGAGCCGCAGCAGAACUCCUAAUAGGGGUCAAAGCCAGGGCCCAAGAAGCCGAAGCUGGAGCCCAAAAAGAAGCAGAAGCCGCAGCCCAAAUCACGAUGAAUACCCUAGGAAACCAAAUGGAGAUAGGUCUCCCAGUCAGUGAGCUACUGGGAAGGGACGAUUGUAAUGCUACUUGUUCUCUGGAUCAUGUGUUUUCAUUGAUACUGGUGGUGUAGGUUUUGUUGUUUGUUGUUUUUAAGUUUAUAGGAUGCUUUUUUGAAGUAAAUGUGUGGGAAAAUUUUAAUUCAAGCAUGUUGAGAUUUGCAUUAA